CCGACGUAUCUCAUAUAUUAAAAAGAUAUUUGUCAGGAUUAUAUUUUGGGGUUUGCACACAUAUGCAUAUGUUACAUGACACUUUUACACGAUCAAUGAUAUUGUCUUAAUGAUAAUUAUAACGGUUUCUCCUUUCCUUGAUCCACAUAAUUUACCACUAUCGACCUCACUUUAGCAACACUUAUCUUUUUUGUUUGAUAAACGGUAGACCCACACACACAUAUGUAUCGGUGCGGUGGUACGUGCUCUUCGCCCGAAAUUUACAUAGUGCGCACGAUGCGCGUAAUCAGUGGCUAAUCGGGGGAGAAUGCCCAUUCGUGGAACGGCGUGUUAUCGGCGCGUGCGACGCAGAUAUAACCGAUCGCUAGUUUUCGCGCUCGGUUAUAGCGCCUGAGACGCCGGUCCCAGGGGCACGAGAAGGAGAGACACUCGGCUCGCAUUUUUCCCUGAUCACGCGAGCGCGCGUUCGCGGAUCCAAUCGAUCCAUCCUAAUCUCGCAGAUUGAACAUUGAACAUCGUCCGUGACGAUGAUGAUUGCCUCUGUGGUUUUCAUCUCCCUCGCGAUCACUUUAAGCGAUGCGGCCUCAAUCGGGUAUGGCGCCGAUGACACCUCCGGGCCCGUGGAUCUCUGUGACAGCAAGGUUUACUGUGAAGGACCGCUGCUGAAAACGGUGCAGCUCUCCGGGAUUUUUAAUGACAGCAAAACCUUCGUAGAUCUCUAUCAACUUCACGAUCCGAACGUAACUCUGAACAAUUUUAAUGUCUUGAUGAAAGCAACCAACAACUCGCCUAAUCGCUCUGAGGUGGCUACGUUCGUCACCGAGAACUUUGCCAUGCAAGAUGAGUUAGAUAACUCAACGUUGCCGGAUUGGAAGGAGAAUCCAGCCAUCCUGAAAUCCAUUCAAGAUCCGCAGUUUCGCGAGUGGGCGAGACGUUUGAAUAAUAUUUGGGAAACGCUAGCGCGGAAGAUAAAAGACGACGUGGUGAUCAACCCGCAACGACACAGCUUGAUCUACGUUAAUAACACUUUUGUCGUUCCCGGAGGACGAUUCAAAGAAUUUUAUUAUUGGGACAGCUACUGGAUAAUCGAGGGACUCUUAUUAUGUGACAUGCCUGUCACCGUUAAGGGGAUCAUCGAGAAUUUCCUCUCCAUGGUGGAGAGAUUCGGUUUCGUUCCGAACGGUGGUAGAGUUUAUUACUUGUCGCGAAGCCAACCGCCUCUAUUGAUACCGAUGGUCGCGAAAUAUUACGACUUUACCAAGGAUCGCGAAUUUCUCAAGCAAAAUAUAGCCAUUCUUGAAAAGGAAUUCGAAUACUGGCAAAACGAGAAGACGGUAAACGUAUUGAAGGAUGGUAAGACUUACAGGAUGGCGCGUUACGUGACAAACAGCAACGGUCCACGACCGGAGAGUUACAAGGAGGAUUACCAAUUGGCGCAACAAUUGCCGGAGGGGGAGCACAGAGGGCUUUACAACAAUUUGAAAGCCGCGGCUGAGAGCGGCUGGGACUUCUCCUACAGAUGGUGCAUACGAAUGGAUAGAAACGCAAACCUCAGCCUCAUUAAUGCCUCGACGAGUGAUAUUAUACCCGUCGAUUUGAAUGCGAUAUUACAGCGAAAUGCCCGGGUGCUUGCUCGUUUUCACGGUAUCCUGGGCAACUUGGAGAAAGUCUGGCGUUAUGCCAAGAUUGCCCUGGACUAUCAAGCUGCUAUCGAUAACGUCCUAUGGAACGAGGACGAAGGAAUCUGGCUUGAUUAUGAUACGAGGAAUAAACAAUCCAGAAAUGCCUUCUAUCCCUCGAAUUUGUCGCCGCUGUACACAAUGAGCUACAAUCAGAAUAAGAGUACCUAUUAUGCCCUGAAGGCUAUUUCUUACCUCAAAAGAAAUCAGGUCGAUUUGUAUUUUGGUGGCACGCCAACUUCCGUAAACUACACCGGGGAACAAUGGGACUUCCCUAACGCGUGGCCGCCUUUGCAAUCCUUUUUAGUUGCGGGUCUCUAUCGAACCGGGGUGAAAGAAGCGAUGAACCUAGCCGAGACAUUGGCCGGCAGAUGGCUCAGAUCGAAUUAUAUUGGUUACGAUGAAUACGGCAAAAUGUUCGAGAAGUACAACGCGAUACAUCCCGGCGAGGGUGGCGGCGGUGGCGAGUACAACGUUCAGGAAGGCUUCGGAUGGACAAACGGCGUCAUCUUCGAGUUCCUCCAUCUUUUCCCGAAUGCCCAGUCCUCGGACCAGCACGACAAUGAUAUUAAUAGUUAAUGCACGUGGACGGAUAAGUAGCUAAUUGAUUCUAGAAGUGAGCGUUAGCGCGUUCUAUGUAACGAUAAGUGCUACGAAAAGAAAUCGACGCGGAUCUCUAUAGAAUUUUCGUGUCAAUUUCCUUUUCGAAUUCAACUCUUAAGAUUUAAAAUCAAGGAUUGACUUGUGAGCACGUUUUUUUUAGAUUAUUAAUAUAUUAACGUAUUAAUUUCUCCUGGAUGGAAUACUUUUCGGAAUUUUUAUCCAUCCUUUUUAAUCACCGGUGUUGUUGAAGAUAUUAAUUAAUUUUCAAUUUUUUAAAUAUUUAAUAAAAUUUAUGAAUCCCCCGAAAAGUAAACAAGAAAUCAAUAGAAAUAUCAGGUGUGAGAGAUUACACAAUAUUUCAAAGCAAAAUUUAAUAUCGGUUUUUAUAAAAGCAAUUAUAUUAAUGUAAAUAAUUAACUCGGAAAUUUUCCGAAACCUUACUUUUACAGCUAUUAACAAACAUAAAUUCUAUAUAAAUAUGAAAUUUAUCGAAAAAUAUAUAUGUAGAAAAACAUAUGCUUUAAGUAAAACUCUAAGUAUUAAAUAAUUAUUAAAUGUUUAAUUAAAAUAUAAAUAUAGAUAAAUCAAAGUACUUUGUAACGAAUCUAGUCCACAAGGGAAACCUUGCAAGGGCAGCGCAAAGAUACCCCGUGCUUUCAGAUUUUAAAUUACACAAGUCUACUCAAUCAUAGGACGCGAAUUGAGACGCAAAAGAGUUGUAACUGGCAAGAAAAAAUCUUUUAUUUUAAUUUUUAUCAUUGCUAGAUAUAAUAUAUGGAACGUAUUGAAUUACGAGAAAGAUGUCCAAUGUAUGUGUGAUCGCGAUCACUUGCAGCGUGAUAUCGAAUUAGCGUAAGAGUCGAGGCUGUCCCUCUCCUUUACCUCCUUUUUUCUGUCGUUUAAUAUCGUUGCAUUUUCAGUUGCAAAUCGCUAAUUUAUUUCCUUUAUUAUCCAUGCUGUCGGAAAAUUCUUUUCUCGAAGAUAGCUGGGCUUGUUUGACGGAGAUAUUCGAUUUACGGUACGAGAUUGAAAUUCUUGAAACUGUAAAACUCGUAUCACAUCAAGUUACUACUCUUUCGCGAUUAGAGAAUAAGAUAUUGGUAUGGGUAUUAACGUAGUCAUUAAUGUCAAAUAAAUAUGAAUUAUACUAUUCUA